ACCCCCGGGCCGGAUAUCCUGCAUCCUGAUCUGAGUGAAAGCAAUCGCCGUGUGGUGCAUUAAAGCGUGCGUGCGUGACGCAUUUACCCGCAGAAGCGGCUGGAAACAUCCACUUUGAGGAGACCGCCACACCGCCAACAUGAUAUCGAACUAUCUGGAGCUGUUCCUCAUCUGUGCAGUCAUACUGCUGCCAAUCUUCUACGAAACAUCGAGCAAAUUUCGCUACUUUUUCAAGUUCUUCGUCUACUACGCGGUCGUCAUACUGAACUCCUUUCUGCUUACGCCUAUCUUCAUGUUUCGCCCGUGCAACGUGCGGAACCUUGUGCUGGCCAGCAGGUUGUGCCGUGUAGCAUCGUCGAUCAUCAGCAUCAAAUGGGAGGUACGCGGAGGCGAACAUUUAAGCGCGGACCGGGCCAUGGUGAUGGUGGCUAACCAUCAAAGUUCGCUCGAUAUUUUGGGAAUGUUCGAUUUCUGGCAUGUGAUGGACAAAUGCACGGUGAUCGCCAAGCGGGAGCUAUUCUACGCCUGGCCAUUUGGGCUGGCGGCCUGGCUGUCCGGGUUGAUCUUCAUCGACCGGCGGCACGCGGAACGGGCCCAGUCGACGAUGAACGAUUCGACCAAAAUGUUGAUCGAAACGCGCACCAAGCUGUGGGUGUUUCCGGAGGGUACCCGGCGCACCACGAAUGAAAUCCAUCCGUUCAAGAAAGGUGCCUUCCACGUGGCGGUUCGGUCCCAGCUGCCGAUCCUGCCGGUCGUGUACAGUUCGUACCACACGUUCCUGGACGACCGGAACAAGGUGAUGAACCCGGGUCACGUGAUCGUGACGGCACUGCCGCCGAUCGAAACGAAGGGUCUAACGAUCGAGGACAUCCCGGCGCUCAUCGAGCGGACACGCAACGCAAUGAUCGACACAUUCAAAGCGUCCACCAAGGAGGUGGAAAAUCGAUUCAACCUAAGCGGCCACGGCAUGACAAAGAGCAGCCCGCCGGUUAGGAGUGCGGCAGCACGAUCCCAGCCGACCAGGCACACCAAGCAGCGGACGGAUGCCGUACCAGCGGACAUGCCGCUGGAAUCGAGUGGCGGUUGCAAUCUGUUGGAUGGUGGUGCGCGAAAGAUCGGUUCGCUGAUUGGUGGUGCGAACGAUGCGUCACCCAUCAAGGAACCGACGGCCUACCGACGGAAGGAUGUGCAGCGAGAUUAGUGGCCAACCGCUUGCCCGUCCACUCCGUUGUCCUGUGGGUCACGGCGGAUGUUGAGCGGUUAGCCUAACAUGUGUGAUGGCAUCGAAGCACGUUCCCCAGCUGCGUAUUGCAGCGAAGAACGAUUUUUAUCUAUUUGCCUAACAACAUUCUCUUAUUUAUGCGUUCCGAAUUUGCAGUGGUAGAACCCCAGUCGAUCGUACGAUGGUGGUUCACGGCCUGCCGGUGCUUCGCCCCUCACGAGAGUCUUAUUAAGUUCGGUUAACUCUCCAAGAGAGAUUUAAAUAGAGCCGUGAAAAUGCACGGCAGCGUAGAUAAGUAGUAGAAGAAUCAAGAAGCCAAAAGAACUCGAUCCCCGAAAUUUUAAUGCACGAAGAAGGAACAAAUGUCAUCUAAACAGAAGGCAACUUUUAGUAGGGUACGAGUUCUAUAAGAGAGCCGCAGUUUGGUUAGAAAUCAAGCACCGAACCCAAAGAUUGGAAGCACCGAACCCAAAGAUUCAACAAAAGAAUUACCAAAUAUUUUCUUUCGUUUUGUAAAUGCAGCGCAUUAAAGAACAAUCUUCCAAUGGUCAAGUCAAAAGGUAUUUUUGUAAUUGGUUUAUUUAUCGUGUUCUUUUAACUACCGAACUGCGGUUGUAGUUAGAGUCUAUAGCGUACGAGACUACACAGGUGAACGCAUUAAAGAGAACUAAAACCCAUCAGUGUGGGUCAAUACAAACCGGUGGAUUUUGUUCAAGCGUAGUACAGUGGAUGCCAAAAACAGUGUAAAACCUGGCUGGCUGGACAAUGUUUUGUAAACGUGUAACAGUAGUGCGCAGUACUAUCGUUCCGUUCACGCAGAAACGUUUGACCUGAACGCAGUGCAUCUGGUCAACACAGGGAUUGCGUAUGUACAUAUAUGCUGUUUCAACCUCUAUAGCCCGGCCUGGCCACCGUCACCGUAGUCGUUAGAAGGGUAGAAAUUUGAAUGUAAAAACGAGGUUACGUUGUUCUUAUAUACUCGUGUUACUACGUUACUCUUUUCGCACGGCAUCCCAAUGUUUUACUCCCUUUUUCCAACAUUAUGUACAUUGUGUAACUAUGAACUAUAAACAGAACAGCCUGGGAUUAUGAGAUGAGAAUAAUGAAAUUAAUAAACUAUAAUUAAACUUGCAAGUUAGCUCCUCUUUCCGACUCGCGUUCUAGCA